UCAGCAUCUUCAUUCCGUUUCAGAUCAUUCAUCAUUUUUGUUUUUCUUUUCUUUGCUGGUUGUACAGCAUAUCACACAACACGGGUUUGUCGCACACUUCCUAUGGUCAGACAAAUUUCAUGAACCACCAAACACAAAAUGCGCGUAGCAGUAGACCCUCAAUCACCCUCCUUCCCGCUCCUCCUCCUCCUGGCAUCAGCCCUCGCUAACCUCGUCCAGGGACAUCCCUCAAUACCAAGGCCACCACCCGCACCAGUACCAGAACCGCCUGCCCCAUCCCCAUCCUCAAUACCCUCUUCCCCCUCGAACGCCCUACAUCGACCUAAUUACCCUCCCAAUGUCUCCAUCCUCAACCUCAACCGCCGGGAAGUCCCUCCCUCAGCAGACUCCGCACCCCACUUCGCAUCCCUCGCUGAAGCUCUCGCCGCACCUGUUGCACUCGCCCAAUCCCUUGCCUGGGUCGACUAUUACACCCCUAUAGGAGGCUUCGUAUCCGAAGACACCGCCUCCUCAGGCGACUGUCUCCGGAUCUCUCGCCCGUCCUGGGGAAUCAUCAAUAUCACACCCAUGACCUCACUUUCGGACAACGCCAAGGACCAGGUCCAACUAUAUAACGACCUCAAUUGUGGAGUCCUCAACCGUGAACCGGCCUCGCAGACGGGGCUGACGUUGAUUUCGUGGUACUUCUUUAACAUCCCACAGAGCUUGAGGUGGACGAGGAUCUUGCCGUCGUUGCCAGCAACGACUACCGUGCCGAAAGAAACAACUACUGCAGCAACAACAACAACUAUUACUACUACCAUCGCCAACACUACAGCGGCAACGAUGACGGCGACACUGACAACUACGAUGUUGACUACCUCGUCAACUCCGACUACAUCCCCAAUAACAACGCCUGUGAGCAAACCCCCGACGCCGUCCGGGGAUGCGCCCACGCCGAUCAGGACCACCUUCCCUACCGCCUUGAUCCCUCCAAAACCUAUGGACGCAACUUCUGGAUGGGGAAACUCCUGCAACCCAAACUCGACCUCGACAUCCGGUUCCCAACCGGACUGCAAGGGCGCGACCCGUAAAGUCAAUCAAGUCCUCAUCGUCGGAAUCACUGUCGCCGUGCUCGUUGUCGGACUCAUGGCCGCGGGAGCCUUUUAUAUCUACAGGACCUUCUAUACGCCCCCCGAAGACUCCUUCCCAGGAUCUUCGGCCUUCAUAGGCACCGGUGCAGGCGUGCGAUCGAAUCCUCGCACGGCUUACGGGGGAGGAACCGGUGGGGGCAGUGGGCAUGAUGAUGACUACCAAUAUAUCCAUGAUGAGGAUGAGAACUCGCCGCCGAGGUUUAUGUUCGAUCACCGACAUGAUAACAUCAACACGAAUAAAAACCCGAAGCUGUUCAAGGAGAACGUCAGUGACCCGUCCUCGUCUUCGAAUCAACAGCAGACUUCGUUUGGACAUAGUCCUUCGGAUAUCAGCUUGAUUGAGCGGACGAAAUAGUAGUAAUAGUAGUAAUAAUAAAACCUGUACAUGUUCUAUCGAGUACGUGAUCG